GAAAAAUACCCCACUUUCACUGUGAACACUGGAGGCUGAUGAAGUGUAGAAUAUGUCCCAGGUGAUACUGUUCAUCAUUCUGCUGUUGGUGCAUCACACAACCCAGAGACAUUCAGAAGAAAAGAAUUGCGAUGAAGAUGCUUUGCUUAAGUGUCCGGUUUUCAGCGGCAACAAUUUCUUUUCCCUCACUUGGUACAAGGGCGAUAUUCCCAUUAUCAGGAGGCGCAAAGAUCAAACACAGCCCUCCAACUUCUCUCGGGAAGUUAGAUUUGGAGAGGACCUCAGUCUGUUUUUCCCAAAAGUGAAGCCUGCAGAUUCAGGAACAUACAAAUGUGACAUCAGAGCAAAUGUUGGGCAGAAAAACAAAGACGGCGACGUCGUUCUAAAGGUUAACGAAUGUGUGACCCCGACUGAACCGAGCCCGACGGAGCCAGCGGCGCUGAACUUAACCCGGUCCGACCAGAUUUGCCAAUCUGAAGAGUUUCCAUUUACGUGGACUGCAGCUGGCUACUUGACAGUGGCCUUUGUAAAGGUUCUUCUGUCUUUUAUGAGUAUUCAGACGAUUCGGGUCGUGUCUUCGAGACGUCAGAGGAACAUAUUGCGCGGCUAACAGAAAAAUUCCCAUGGAAACAACAAAGAAAAUAAUAUCUGUAAAGAUGCAUUUUUUCCUAUUUGUUAUUUUUACUUGUUUUUUUUUUUAAAUACUUAUAUGGUUAGGGUUUGUUCUUUUUGAAAAAGUAUGUCACUGUGUAACCACAACUAGAUGUUUCGUUUGUUUUGGGUUAAAAAAAAGGUCAACAGGAACACGCUCGACAGAAUGAGAAGUGUCAGAACAGAAACCAUGUUUUUAUACAUACCUUAAUAAUUUUAUGCAAUGUAAAUACAAUUUCUACCAUAUAUUUUGCAUUUUGUUUCUGAUUUGUCACCUUUUACACAUUUAAUGUUUUGUCCACGAAUCUUUGAAAUACCAGAGUCUUUAUGCCUCUGAAAUCUUAAACCUGGAGGAAGUAUGGCUGUCAUAAAGAGACUAAUUGCUGCUUCAGUUUUUGGAACUGAUUCAACCUGACAUAUUAAAAAAAACAAAAAGAAAACCCUUACACCUUUCUAAAGAUAAAUCAGAGACCCUAAUAGGAAAAAAUCUCAGGAUUUCUCUAGAAAAGCCCUCUGAUUUAGAGAAAACUGUGUUGCUCAGGUGAUACAGUCAUCGUUGCUGCUCAGCGCCUUGCAUGAGUAAAAGAAACCUGCCACUGAGUCAGAGGGGAAAAGCUGUAAACACAGCUUCAAGACCACGGAGCUGAGUGGGAAAUGUGAUAAGAGCGCCACCUGGAGGCUAAUCCGUGCAUUUCGUCAACAUAAUUAACUGAGGAUGCUUUAGCUCCAGGGCCAGACAAAGAUUACAUGGGGCCUUAAGUACAAUUUGAAAUGGGGCCCCUCUUUCUAUUAUGAACUAAGUUGUAUUUUCUAACAAAUACAAGCAAAAAAAAAUAAAAAUUAAAAAAUAUUUUUUUUUUUGCAACUAUGUUAAAACGAUUAUAAAAUGAAGAUUGUUGUUUGCAUUUUCACCAAUAAAACUUGUCAAUCUCUUUAAUUCUUACAUUUAAAUUUGAACCACUGUAAAACAUUGCAUGAUAAAAAUAUGUUAAACUACUUGUUUUUUCUGAAGCGUUUUUUUUUUUUUACAUCUCAUAGUAACAACCACAAUAAAAAUGUUGUAAGAUCAGAAAGGAGCUCUGUUACAUUAGUUCUGAUUUAUUUUGUUUUGUUUAUGUUUUUGUUGGUUGAGGUUUUGCAUAUUUGGGUAAUUGUUCCCUCUUGUGCAGCUGGAAAGAUCUUUGCUCUUAUUUUUUAACUUCUCCAACUAAACAGUUACCAUUGCAAAAGCUCAAAUAAAACCUGAACUAUGUAUGCAGGGCAGGACUAAAGAGCAGACAGAUAUUUAAAAAGGAGCAGCAAAAGCAAAUGAGGUGGAUUAGCAUGUUUAACUACAACUUACGGUGUCAUCCAGUACAUGUUAUUGUGAAAUCUUAUCUCUACUACCUGGAAAUUGAGCGGUUAGCAUGUCAUAACAGAAAUAAGACUAUCAAAUAGAAUUAGUCUUCAGUCAGAGGUCUCUUCAGAUUCAUUGGAAGACUGACUGCUACUGGAGAGCAUUCAAAGAAUGAGAAGUGUCAGAACAGAAGAAUCAAAAUCAAAAGUUUUUUUCAUAAAUUUUUGCUUGGUUUAAAAAGGAAUUUGGCUUCCAUUGUAAUCAAGGUACAAUGACAAAUGGCAAACUAUAACAUAUAACAUUUUUUAAUUA